GUUUAAGGAUUAUUUGGGUUAUUACAAAACCUCCUACCAACGAGUAAUCGUUGCCAUGGCACUUCUUUUCUUUAUAUCGCAGAUAAAGCCAGACUGCAAUCAACGCACCGGCAAGACUGAAACGCGCAAAACCGCCACCACAAGCUCUUGUGAACAAUGACGAUGGAGCCGAUUGCGGUGGGCAGCCAGUUUGUAACCAGUACAUACAGCAUGACCAAGGAUGUUCCCGUGUUCAGCAUUGCGUCUCCAAGCCAGCAUGCUAUCUACUCCGGCCAUCACCACACCCGAAGUCUGCACCAGGUCCCUUCCGACCACGCUCCGCCAGCUGGCAUCGACGAAGACAGCGACCUUCUUCUUUUCACCGACACAAACAGGUUCUUCAAUGAUGAAGCCAAGAGACUGCUAGCACUCCGCGGUAGACUUCGCGGAUUCGACAAUGACGAGCCAGCAAUUUAUUCGGACAAUUCGCUAGGAUCGGGGACUGGUGGCGGAACGUCUACGCUCGGUCUUGAGGGAUUGAAGAGAAAGCAUGGCGGUGUUGAUGCCGAGGUCAUAUCUGCGAUGCCAGUGUCACCUUCCGCCGCCGCACCACCUCCCGUAGUCGUCAAGAAGCGAAGACUUGCCGCGAACGCCCGCGAAAGGCGGCGAAUGCACGGCUUAAACGUUGCGUUCGAUCGACUUCGCCAAGUAGUGCCUUCCAUCGGUGACGACCGAAAGUUGUCGAAGUUCGAGACACUUCAAAUGGCGCAGAGCUAUAUCACGGCGCUCACCGACCUCCUGGUCAGAGAUUGCUGAGGAAAAUACUGCCAGUCAUCGGCGACACUGCACUACCGUGUCUCGCUGUUGACUUGUGAAGUAGGACUUGAUUCUGCAUGCGAAUGGCUGAAACGUUGCCCAACUCACGAGCCCGUG